AUGGCGGAAUCCCCCAGCCGCUGCGCCUCGGCCGGGGCCCGCUGCCUCCUCAACCUGUACAGCUGUCGCUGGGGGCAACGUUCGAAGAAGGAGAAAGUGCAAACCAGCAAGUGCGACUGUGCGUGGCUGGGGCUCCUGGCUGGGGCCUUCCUCCUCUCACUGGGCUGGCUGUACAUCGGACUGGUUCUGCUCAACGAUCUCCACAACCUCAAUGAGUUCUUGUUUCGACACUGGGGACACUGGAUGGAUUGGUCCCUGGUCCUGCUACCGGUCGCCUCUGUGCUGGUCACAUAUUCCUCCCUGCUGCUGCUCCUGGCCCUGCUCCUCCAUCUGUGUGGGCAGCCCUUGCGCCUCCAUUGGCUCCACAAGGGGCUCUUAUUGGCGACUGUGCUGCUAGUGGCCACCGCCCUGGUGGGGCUGGAAAUCCAGUGGCAGGAGGAGUGGAGAAGCCUCCGUCUGUCCCUGCAGGCCACAGCCCCUUUUCUGCACAUUGGAGCAGCGGCUGCACUCACCCUCCUGGCCUGGCCAGCAGCUGAGGCCUUCUACCGCUCUCAGAGAAGAGGUCCCAAGGUGCUGUUACUACUCCUGUUCAUCAGUGCCGCCCUGGCUAUCUACUUGGCACCUCUGGGCAUCUCAUCACCAUGCCUCAUGGAGUAUGGACAACUCCCCCCAAAGCCCAAGUUGGUGGGGCACCGAGGGGCUCCCAUGCUGGCUCCCGAAAACACCCUGAUGUCCCUCCGCAAGACUGCUGAGUGUGGGGCCUCUGUGUUUGAGACAGAUGUGAUGGUCAGCUCCGACGGGGUCCCCUUCCUCAUGCACGACGAACGCCUGGACAGGACGACGGACGUAGCCUCCGUGUUCCCCGCCCGAGCUGCGGGACACAGCAGUGAUUUCUCUUGGGCUGAGCUGAAGCGGUUAAAUGCGGGGACCUGGUUCCUGGAGAGACGGCCAUUCUGGGGAGCCAGGAAGCUCUCGAACCCAGAGCAGCAGGAAGUGGAGAACCAGACAGUGCCAUCACUAAGGGAGCUGCUGGUGGCAGCUGCUGCCCUCAAUCUGUCUAUCAUGUUUGACUUGCGCCGACCCCCACCAAACCACACGUACCACCACACCUUCGUCAACUGCACCCUGGACACUGUGCUGAGUACCGGGGUGCCCCAGGCCAUGGUGCUCUGGCUGCCGGAUGAAGACCGAACCGAGGUCCAGCUCCGGGCACCCGGCCUUCGCCAGGUGUACGGCCAGAGAAAGCAGGACCGGACCGAGCGGCCCCAGCUCCUCAACCUGCCCUACCAGGACCUGCCACUGACGGAUAUCCACCGCCUGCGAGCCGACAACAUCUCCGUGAACCUGUUUGUGGUGAACAAGCCCUGGCUCUUCUCCCUGCUCUGGUGCGCUGGGGCUGCUUCGGUCACCACCAACGCCUGCCAGCUGCUGCAGCAGCUGGCCCACCCGGUCUGGCUCAUCCCCCCACAAACCUACCGGAUCAUCUGGGUCACCUCGGACUGCGCGUCUGCCCUCACCCUUCUCUGGGUCUUCCUCCUCCAGGGGAGAUGCGCCAGGCAGAGAGCGGGCCCCGGCCCCGAGAGCGCGGUGGUGCUGCUGACCAGGACUGACACGAUGGCGCUGGCCUGAGGGGGGCCUCCGGGGGGAUGGAGAAGGCUCGGGCCCCCAGGGAAUCCGUGAGGGCGAGCGGCGGGCGAGCGGGCAGGCCCUCGUCCUGUCCCAGAUGAGAGGUGGCGUUGGGUGGCACGUGGCUGACAGGGACCCUCCCGCUGCCCAGAAGGAACGCGGUGGACGGCUGAGGCUCUUCCCUCUGUCUUUCAAUGAAUGGAA